AUGUCCAAACAAUUCACCGUCGCCAUAAUCGGCGGCGGAAUCGGCGGCCUCUCACUAGCAGCCGCGCUCCUCCGCCGGCGCGUCCCCGUAACAAUCUACGAAGCCGCCGCGUCCUUCAAAGAGAUCGGGCUCGGCCUAACUAUCGGUCCAGCUGCCCACCGUGCAAUGCCACUCCUCGACCCGGCGAUUCGAAAUAUCUACGAUGAGCUUAUUACAACGCACGCGGAUAGUCCGGGCUUUGAGCGUUUCAAACAGACGUGGUUUGAGGUUGUUUGGGCGACGGGGGAUGAUGAUCCUAGGAGUGGGGAGGUACUCUUUGAUCUGAAGGCGCUACCGAGUGGGCAGACGACGGUGCGAAGGGCGGAUUUUCUCGAUGCGCUUGUGCGGCUCAUUCCACCCGAUGUAGCAAAAUUCGGAAUGAGACUUGCGGACCUCAUCGAGACUGAACCAGGCAAUGAAAAUGGCGGGAUGAUGAUGACCUUUGAUAACGGCACCACGGAAACCGCCGACAUCGUCAUCGGCUGUGACGGAAUCCACUCGCGCGUGAAGCAAUUCAUCCUCCCGGAACCUGAAUACCUCGAAAAGCAACCCCGAUACAGCGGAAUGUACGGGUACCGCGCCGUCCUCGAUAUGGAGACGAUGGUUGAAGCUGUCGGGGAGCAUCGCGCGCGCGUCGCGACGAUGUAUAUUGGACACGGGGCGUAUGGGAUUACGUAUCCGAUUAUGCGAGCGAAGAAGGCGAAUGUGGGCAUUUUUCCGCUGAAAGAGGGAGGGAAAUGGACAGGCGAAGGGUGGGUCAGGGCGGCGAGAAGAGAGGAUAUGAAGAGCGAUCUGGGAGGGAUGGGCCCGCAAAUCCAAAAGCUAGUCGAGCACAUGCCCGACCCCUCCCAAUGGGCCAUCUUCGAACACCCACACAUCUCAACCUACACUCGCUCUCGCGCCGCAAUACUUGGUGACGCCGCACACGCCUCAACCCCCCACCAAGGCGCCGGGGCCGGACAAGCAAUCGAAGACGCACUCGUCCUGGCCGAGCUCCUCGGCGACCAACACGUCAUCACGGCAGACCAUGUCGUCGCGGCGUUCGAGGCGUACGAUGCCGUACGGCGGCCACGGAGCCAGAGAGCUGUGAUGAGCAGUGCGGAGAACGGGUAUCUUUUGUGCUUACGGUUAGAUGGUGUUGGGGAUGAUGGGGAGAAGAUCAAGGCGGCGAUGCAGGAAAGGUUACAUUGGCUGUGGGAUUUGGAUGUUGAGGGGCAUAUCGAGGAUGCGAGGGGGAUUAUGCUCGAGAAGAUACGGAAUCAGGAGACGGAAUAG